AUGUCAGACUUUGAAAUAGAUUUUGAUGGCUCAAAGUCAGACAAAGGAAAAGGAAAAGAAAUUUUAGUCGAAUCACCAAAUAAGACAGAUCUAGAAGAAGAAAUGGGAGAGCCACCUUCUGGCGGCGAAACUCUUGGAGAAUACCCCGAAUCUAGUGGCGACGACGAAAAUUAUGAUGAUGACAACGUCGAAGGGUCAUCGUCAUCUACAACCAAUAGAUUAGAACUUAGUCGUAAAGAGGAAGAAUUUCUAGAAAAGGAUCGAUCCCUAUUGGAAUUUCUAUUAUUAUUGGAUGAAUUCGAACCUCUCAUUCCGGAACUUGUGACAGAAUAUUAUUUUUCCAGAGCCGGAGUUCAAUGCGAUGAUGUUCGAGUGAUGCGACUAAUGUCCCUAGCAGCUCAAAAAUUUUUGGCCGACAUUGCGACGGAUGCAUUUCAGUAUUGCAAAAUUCGACAGCAAAGUCGAAAAAAUGUCGGAAAGCGUAACAAGACAGUAUUAACCUUGGAAGAUCUUACUGCCGCAUUAUCUGAAUACGGGGUUAACAUUAAGAAACCUGAUUAUUAUCGCGCAUGA